AUGGCUCUCCUCGGUUCGGCCUUCCUAGGCCUGAUCACAUUGCUGAUAGCUUUGCUCGCGCCUACUUUGCUCCACUUCCCCAAAAUCGGCGGACUUUUCCUCACGCCUUCGCCGACUAUUCUGGGUGAAGGUCAAGGCCCAAUUGUCAUAGAAGAUACCGUUCACUGCGAAGACGUCCACCACUACCGCCCUGCGAACUUGCUCUUUACUGCAUGCGAAGAUGAAAUUAAAACCCGAUUCGAUUGGUUCCCUGGUCUGGGACACCUCGAGCCCCAUGCCGCAGGCCAAGGUUCAAUACACGUUGUGGACCCCGAGACGAUGAAAUCGACUCGCUUGGCCUUUGACAACUUCGAAGGCCAGUUCGUCACGCAUGGCAUCGACGUCAUUGCGGACCCGAAGGAUGCCGGCGCCGUGUAUAUCUUCGCCGUGAACCAUUUGCCCAAUCCAGCUUUUGUCCAGGCGAGCGAGAAAGAGCGCGAGGGAAUCGAGUCAGCGCGUUCUCAAAUCGAAUUGUUUCACCAUGUUCUGCGCUCUAAGAGUGUCCGGCAUGUGCGCUCUAUCCGACACCCUCUCGUCUAUACGCCGAAUGAUAUCUCCGCCGUGAGUCCCGAGGAGUUCUACGUCACCAACGACCACUACUACCGCGACGGCUUGCUUCGUCUUGUCGAGGAUGUCUGGCCCUUUGCCAAAUGGUCGAAUAUCAUUAGUGUUCGAAUUUCCGACCUCGAGGCUCAAGAUGCGACGGCCGGGCUGGAUGCUUCUGUUGCGCACUCGGGGCUGUGGAAUAAUAAUGGUCUCGGCGCUGGUCGAUCCGAUGAUGAGAUUGUUAUUUCGAGUGCUGUUGGUGGUGAGCUGUAUCUGGGCCAGAUGCACGCUGUUAAUCACACUAUUUCGAUUCACACGACUAUCCCCUUUGACACUGUUACCGAUAACCCUAGCUACUACACGGAUCCGUAUCGCUCUGCAUCUGACGAUGCGAGCGGCUUCGUUGUUGCGGGUAUCUCGCAGGGCAUUUAUCUCGCCCAGACUGGGCAUGAUAUUAAUGGUAAAGAUCCGUUGCAGGUUUGGUAUACUCGCCAGACAACUUCGGGGACUUGGGAAAAUAAGCUGCUGUUUGAGGACGAUAGCAGUCGGAUUCGUUCUGCUAGUGCGGCGGUCCUUGUGCCCAUUGAGCCGAAGAGUGGUGAUGGUCGCAAGCAAGCUUGGUUGUUUGUGACUGGGUUUUUGUCGGAGAGUAUGGUUGCUGUGCAGGUGGAUCUGUAG